ACCUGACGGGAACCGUUUACAUGGGUGCAUAAUUUACAGUCGGAACAUUUAGACAGUUACACAAGACACCUUGGAUGAGAUUUACCAUUAUCCAGAUGACCUCAUGAAAAGGAGCUCGUUAUCUAUUUAAUCAGCUUGACACCACUGAGGUGCUGAGAUGGCAAACGCAGGCGGGGUGGACCUGAGCAGGAAGUUUGUGUCCGAGUCUGAGCUUGAUGAGAAGCGGAAAAAACGUCAAGAGGAGUGGGAUAAAGUUCGGAAGCCAGAGGACCCCGAGGAGGCCCCCGAGGAAGAGUAUGACUCUCGAUCAUUGUUUGAAAGACUUCAGGAGCAGAAGGACAAGAAGCAAGAGGAGUAUGAGGAGCAGUUCAAAUUCAAGAACAUGGUAAAAGGCCUGGAUGAAGACGAGUCACACUUCCUGGAUGAGGUGUCAAGGCAGCAGUCGCUGGUGGAGAAACAGAGGAGAGAUGAGGAACGACAAGAGCUGCAGGAGUACAGGAGCGCCAUAAAGAAGCUGGCGUCCUCCAGCAGCGAGAGCCAAAGCCGCAAGGAGCCGGAGAAGAAGGCGGGUUCCAAACCUCCGGAGCAUCGCAGUCACCUGUCCCAGGCACACCUUCUGGCAGGGGCCGUCAAGAGGCGCAGUUCGUCCCAGUCGUCGUCAGAAGGAACCAAGAAGCCAAAGGGGGAGGAGUCAGCGGUGGGCAACGGCAGCCAGACAGAGCAGGCGGCUGGAGGAGGAGGAAGUGGAACGGCUAAGCGCGGUGCGGGGGCGGGGGCCUUGGGGUCCCUUCGAGCAGCAGCACCAGGGGCCGGCGCGGCGGUGACCCAGCCCGGGGUCCUGCACCUGCCCUCGGCGGCGGUGUGCGUGGGCAUCCUGCCGGGCCUGGGCGCCUACUCGGGCAGCAGCGAUUCCGAGUCGAGCACCGACAGCGAAGGUAGCGUGGACGGAAUGACCUUUCCGAUAAAGCGGCACAGGCUCUUCAGAUAGACACGCCACACAGUCAGUUGCUCACAGGCAAUCAGCUAACCAAUAAGUCAGUAAAGUCAACCAAUCAAUAAAUCAAUCAAAGCACCUCUAAGUUACCACACACAUCAGCUGAUACCAGUGGGCUGAUGCUCCUCUUUCAUUAACCAAUAAGCUGUGUAGUUCUAAAUGUAAAUCUCAGAAGCAACAGUUUCCACAUUUUAGUUGUGAGAGUGUGUAUGUUCAGUUUUCAGUUUCACAGUUACGCAUGUGUGUGUUCUUGCACGAAUAACCUCACUGUAUUCCUCAUUCCCUGAUUGCCUUAUGAUAAUAAUUAUUAAAAGCCCUCAGUGGGGACGAUAAUUCUGUGACUGUCGGCGGUUGUUGCUGUGGUGUUUUGCAUCUCAAAAACGUGACCCCCCCCCCCCCCCCCCAUCCUCCCA